AUGCCCAAGGCUAAUUACCGGGCCAAGCUCGCUGAGCUUCAAGCUCUUCGCCAGUCAGGCAAGAAGGCUUUUGACGGCUAUCGCGUCCAAGACGCAGCAGACCUCUAUGACGAAGUUGACGAGGACGGCUACAAGAAGAUUGUUCGAGAACGCCUCGACGAGGAUGACUUCGUCGUCGACGACAAUGGAGAAGGCUACGCUGACGACGGUCGUGAGGAUUGGGAUCGCGUCCGCCGCUACGAUUCAGACAGCGACGUUGAGGACUUGCCAGUUCGUGGCAGACCCAACAAAGCAGCCAAAAAGAACAAGGACGACAGCCAGGCUAAGCGAGAUGCGAAUGACCGCAACAUUAGUGAAUACUUCACCAAAGGGGCCGGAAAGGCCCAGCCCAAACCUAAAGUCGCCAAGACCAAGGACGACGACAAUUUUCUAGCUGACCUUAUCAAAGAGGUAGAUAGCAAUAUUCCUGCCCCUGCUCCUCGGUCAACCAAGAUUGAAAGGUCCGGUGGUCGCCGUAAAUCGAGGGCCCUGUCACCGGUUGUUGAACCUGUUCAAAAAAGACGAAAGCGAAAUGACACUCGUCCACUGUCACCACCUGCCGCCAGUUUCGAUUCGGACGACGGAUUUAUCCCCAAUGCAGCAGACGACGGCGUUUUGGGGACUCAAGAUGACCCCAUGAGCGAUCCGGCCCCGUCGUCUCCUGCAGCCAAGAAAGCAGAAAGAAGAAACCAGACCAAGCCCGAGCCCCAAGACGACGAAGACGAAGAUAUGAUGGAGGUGGCCCAUGCUGGAGCUGUCCAUUCUGCAAGCGUAAACAUCGCUGGAUCUCGACAAGUCAAGAAACUGUUGAAACAAGACCCAUAUCCCUCCCCCGCCAGUUCAUCACCAUUGAAGUCGGUUUCGGGCGACCCGGUUGAUUCUAGCUCCUGGAACAACUUGACCAACAAGCUCAACGUAGUCAACACCUCUGUGGAAACUCGGAGCAUCGGGAAAAUUGAUCACAGAGAUGCCAUUGAAGCCGACGGUAGCCUGAACUUCUUCUGGACAGACUACACUGAAAUUAAUGGCAGCCUUUGCCUUUUCGGCAAGGUCCUGAACAAAAAGACCAAAGCUUACGUCAGCUGCUUCGUCAAAAUCGACAACAUCUUGAGGAAAUUGUACUUCUUACCUCGGCAGCAACGUGUUCGAAAUGGCGAGGAGACUGAAGAGACUGUGGAAAUGACGCAUGUUUAUGAAGAAGUUGACGAGAUCAUGACAAAGCUGAAGGUGAACAUGUAUAAGAUCAAAGCAUGCACCCGUAAAUAUGCCUUUGAACUCACUGAUGUUCCAAAAGAGGCUCAGUACAUGAAGCUAUUUUACCCCUAUACCAAACCACAAAUUGAUGGUUCCCCAGGCGAGACGUACUCGCGUGUGUUUGGUGCCAACACUGCCCUAUUCGAGCAAUUUGUUCUUUGGAAGAACGUCAUGGGGCCUUGUUGGCUAAAAAUCCAGGAUGCUGAUUUCGGUGCCAUCAAAAAUGCCUCACACUGCAAACUGGAAGUACUGGCUGAGCACCCCAACAUGGUGUCCACCAUGAGCGACUCCGACAAUCUCGACGUGCCGCCAUUGACACUCAUGAGCGUUUCUGUCAGAACCGCCUUCAAUCCAAGAGAGAACAAGCAAGAGAUUCUUGCCAUUAGCGCAAGAAUAUACGACAAAGUCUCACUCAGUGACACAACGCCAGCAGAAAAACUUCCGUGCAGAACAUUUACGGUUAUUCGCCCCCACGGACCAAGCUUUCCUCUUGGCUUCGACCAGCUCGUCCAAAAGCGAACCAGGGGCCUCCUCGUCUUGAAGAGGCAGGAAGUCGACAUCUUGAGCUUUUUCUUGGCACAAGUCGACGUGGCUGAUCCGGAUGUCAUUCUGGGGCAUCAGUUUGAGGGAGUGGACUACAGCGUGCUUCUGAGCCGUCUUCACGAGAAGAAAGUUCACCAGUGGUCCAGACUUGGCCGCCUCCGACGCAGUGAAUGGCCCGCAUCUAUGGGUAAAGUGGGCGGCAAUGUCUUUGCCGAACGCCAAGUUAUUGCUGGUCGACUGCUGUGCGAUCUUGCCAAUGACGCCGGAAAGUCAGCCAUGUACAAGUGCCAAAACUGGAGUCUAACUGAAAUGUGCAGCCUGUACCUCUCUGGAGACAAUCGCCGGAGAGACGUCGAUAAUGAGGCAGCACUAAGCAGCUGGGCCAAGGAGAAACAAGGUCUCAUGGAUUACAUCACACACAUGGAAGCUGAUACGCACUUUAUUGCUGCGUUGGCGUUGAGCGUCCAGCUACUUCCCUUGACAAAAGUCUUGACCAACCUUGCUGGUAACUCCUGGGCUCGUACGUUGACCGGUACGCGAGCUGAGCGGAAUGAGUACAUUUUGCUCCACGAGUUCUACCGCAAUAAAUACAUUUGCCCAGACAAGCAGUCAUUCCGCGGCCGCCAAAAGCGAGACGACGAGAACCCAGAAGAGGCUGGCGGAGACGGGAAGAAAAAGGACAAGUACAAGGGUGGUUUGGUCUUUGAGCCUGAAAAGGGCUUGUAUGACAAGUUUGUUCUUGUGAUGGACUUCAAUUCUCUUUAUCCCUCAAUCAUUCAAGAGUUCAACAUAUGCUUCACAACCGUUGAUCGAACAGUUUCGGCCGAUGAUGAGGAUGCUGUUCCGGAAGUACCCGCAGAUCAAGAUCAAGGAAUACUACCGAGGCUUAUUGCAACUCUUGUUGGGCGCCGUCGCCAAGUCAAGGCGCUAAUGAAAGAUAAAAAUGCGACCCCUCAACAGCUCGCCACCUGGGAUAUCAAGCAGCUUGCCCUGAAGCUCACGGCCAACUCUAUGUACGGAUGCUUGGGCUAUACCAAGUCCCGAUUCUACGCCCGGCCAUUGGCUGUUCUGACGACGUACAAAGGCCGUGAGAUCCUCCGAAGCACAAAAGAACUGGCUGAGAGCAAGUCGCUGCAGGUCAUUUACGGCGACACUGACUCCGUCAUGAUCAACGCGAACGUGGAUAGUGUUGCUGACGCUUUUAAAGUCGGCAACGAGUUCAAGAAAGCCGUCAAUGACCAGUACAGGUUGCUUGAAAUCGACAUUGACAACGUUUUUAGACGCAUCUUGCUUCAGGCAAAGAAGAAGUAUGCUGCUGUCAAUCUCAUUGAGAAGGAUGGUAAAUUUGUCGAAAAAAUGGAGGUCAAGGGUCUGGAUAUGAGACGCCGAGAAUACUGCGCUCUAUCCAAGGAGAUUUCGAAACGUCUCCUCGACGAAAUACUUUCGGGCGAUGAAGCCGAGGUUACCAUCACGCGCAUUCAUGAAUAUCUUCGCGAUAUAGCCGGCCAGAUGAGGGAGCAACGCAUCCCUGUAGCCAAGUACAUCAUUUACACACAACUCGGCAAAGACCCCAAGGAAUACCCCAACGCGGACUCCAUGCCACAAGUACAAGUUGCUCUUCGAGAUCUUGCAAAGGGCAAACCGAUCCGCAAGGGCGACGUCGUCUCCUACAUCAUUACAGGCGAUGGGACGAGCUCCGAACCCGCUCCCAAACGUGCUUAUGCACCAACAGACCUCAAGGCAGAUUCGACGCUCGUCCCCGAUGUCGAGUGGUAUCUGGGAAAGCAAAUUUUCCCCCCCGUGGAGCGACUCUGCGCCAAUAUUGUAGGUACUUCUACAUCACAGCUGGCGGAGCAACUUGGUCUGGACAUUCGUCGCUAUAGUUCAAACCAAACUCGACAAAACAGCUCCAGCGAUGAUGUGGAAAUUCAUCCUCUGGAGUCACAAAUUCCCGACGAGGUCCGAUUUGGCGACUGCGCGAGGCUGUCCCUCCGAUGUCGCAAGUGCAAGGCCAGCUCCGCGUUUGAAGGCCUCGCCGCCUGUCCUGGUAGAGUAUCAGCAUCCGGCGUGCUCUGCGGUGGCUGUGGAGCGGUGAUGCCAACCUUGUCUGUCGUUGCACAAGUCGAACAUGCCAUUCGCGGUCAAACAUCUCGCUACUACGAGGGUUGGCUUGUCUGCGACGACUCCCAAUGCGGCAACCGCACACGGCAAAUGAGCGUCUAUGGUACUCGUUGUCUCGGGCCCAAAGGCCUUGCGCGCGAUUGCCUGGGACGUAUGCGCUACGAGUACACGGAAAGGGCUAUUUACAACCAGCUCGUGUAUUUUUCCAGCCUCUGGGACGUGGACAAGGCCCGCAGCAAGGCGGUCGACACAAACGAUUCUACUCUAUCCCAAGAGGACAAGGACACAAUCUUGGCUCUCGCAGAGCAUAACCGCGUCAGGUUUGGCACGGUCAAGGGCGUCGUUGACCGGUAUCUCGACAAAUGUGGCCGACAAUGGGUGGCCAUGGACACGCUCUUCGCCAAGCUUGGGUUCAACAAGCUGCCUGCUGCAGCAUAG